AUGAGCGAGAGCCUGUCCCUCAUGGCAUUCCGCGGUCGGGCUAUUCUGCUUCGGGGUAGCAUUUUAAGAAUAACCCUUGUCCCGGGAUGCGUUUCGAAUGCGACCUCGCUCUGCCUCGGGGUGGCGUGUUGUGAGCAAGAGCUUGCCCCUCAAGGCAUUCUGCGGGUGGGUAUUCUGCUUCGGGGUAGCAUUUUAAGAAUAACCCUUGUCCCGGGAUGCUUUUCAAAUGUGACCUCGCUCUGCCUCGGGGUGGCGUGUUGUGAGCGAGAGCCUGCCCCUCAGGGCAUUCCACGGGUGGGUAUUCUGCUUCGGGGUAGCGUUUUAAGAAUAACCCUUGUCCCGGGAUGCGUUUCGAAAGUGACCUCGCUCUGUCUCAGGGUGGCGUGUUAUGAGCGAGAGCCUGCCCCUCAGGGCAUUCCGCAGGCGGGUUAUUCGUCUUCAGGGUAG